AUGGAUACUAUGGGUGCAAAAGGCUCUGAACUGGAAUCCAUUCGCGCCUUAUUUAACGAGAAGGAGAAGGAGCUGUCAGUGGCGUUGACUAAAGUGGAUGCCCUCACCAGACAAUUGGAGGAACUGAGCAAAGGAAAUACAGCUAAUAGUUAUCAUAUUAACGGCAUCUCAAAUGCAAAGCAUGGCAUCGAAUUGGAAAAGUUAAGACAAGAACUACUGUAUCGAAGCAAAUUGAGUGAACAGAAUGGACACGAAUUAAUGCUUAAAAGAGGUUUAUUAACGCAAAGGCAGUCCGAUAUGGUUCGUGUGGACAAAAGGAUCAGUGAAUUGCAGCAAAGACUGGCCAGAAAGCGACAAAUCAAUGAACAAUUAUCAUCACAAAUGCAUUCAAAUCUAAUUCGCGCCAAUAAUAAUGGAUUUGAUGAGAAUCAGCUUCAUAUUAAUGGACUGCUUCGGAGCUCAUGUCACAGGGGAGACAGGAGUAAAGUCAGUCAAACCAUGAGACCAUUGAGUGCUAACAUUAAUAUCGCUGCCGUCGAGCCAGUACUCAGGGAACAGACACAGAGAAUCAAUGAGUUUGAUCCGCACAUUAACGCCAAUAAAGACUUUAUGGGCUGCAAACAGGACCAUAAGUACCAAACCCUACCAUAUAAUACAAAGUUUGGAGUGAGACAACAACCACAUUAUCAACUGUACGGCCAGAGUUUGGUCUCCAAUCAGUUGUGUGUCUCGACUCCAGACAGCGAUAGAAUUCAUUGCGAGCUCACGGAUGAGACAAAUAACGAUAACAACAUUGAGACAAACGCCAAGAAUUCAGUGUUAGAGGAGAGACCGUCGCCAUCGGGAAGCAGUGGCUCUUCGGAUCGGGCGUCCAUUCCUCACAAUCACAACGGAAUGACUGCCUAUAAGUUGCAACAAAUGCACAAUUCUGUCAAUAACUGCAACUCAGCCCAACAUCCCUAUCAAAAUGUCAAUCCAAAGAUGUAUAACGCGUCUAAUUAUAUGGAGCCCAACACUAACUCAUACAAUAAUAAUAAGCAAGGGAAACACAACCAAAUGAUUACUAAUAAUAAUAACCAAAAUUUAAUAUCAACCCAUAAAAUACAAAGCAAUUUAAUGAAUUCAAACCAAAGUGUCAUUCAAAGCCAAUGUGUGCCAACAAAUACCCCGAAUACAACUCAGUCACAUACAGCUAAUAAUGCUUCAAAAGUGCCACUAACUAAACCCAAACCCAUUGUACCCCCAAAGCCAUCCGUACCCGUGAAACCCACUCCACCGCCCCGUCAAACACCAAAUCAUUCACUUAGUGCUCAAACCCAUAACGAAUCACAGGAUAUGAAUGCCUUCACAACUAACAUGAGAUAUAUUAAUAAGAAAUCGCCCAAUCAUUUGACCAAUUCUAGUAACGCACCCAUAAAUACAUCUAAUACUGGAUACAAUAGGCUUCCUCUUACAUCUCUGGCCAUUCAAAAGACAUAUAACACUAUCAAUAGUAAGACUGGAUUAAUGAUUCAACAGCUGCCACACCAUUGCCAACAACAGCACCAAUUGAUCCAUCAUUCCUAUGAGGAUAAGACCAGCAAAACGACUCCAAUCCGUAAUACUAGUGAACCAUCGCAUCAGUUAUCACAAGCCAACGAGACAACAGACGGUUCCCAUUUGAAUGGCCCCACCAGUGCUACCAGUGCUCUGGCAUUAGAUAUGAUGUCAUCGACAUCUUCGCUCUCUUCUUCAUUAUCGUCUCAAAACAAUGUAAACAAUUGUGACACGAAAUUAAUGAUAAGCACAAAGAAUGGCAAUAUAAGUAAUAUAACCGAUAAUUGCAAUUCAUUACAACCCAAGAGUGAGGGCAGAGACAGUACUUACGGCUCAAUCAAAACUAAUGGCAUUAAUAAUAAUCAUAAAAGUCUUGUUACGACUCUCGCAAACAUAUCAUCCAUUAAUACCAUUAAUAAUAAUAACUUAUCCAAUGAUUGGCAUAAAGAUAAAAGACGUCCAGUUGUGGCCAAUAACGAGAUGGAGCAGCAAUUGGCUCUUCAAGUGUCAGCUGAGACUAAGAAAUCAAUUGACUUCGAGUCCACCCAUACAGUAGUAUCGCAAACACAGUCCGACGUCAAGUCUAUUCCUCAGCCAUUGUCUGAUUGUAUUAAAGAUAAUUCACACCAAUUGAAUGCGAAUAUAAACAAAAUUCAAUCCGAUUUAACGCAAACAAAAUCUGAUAAAAGUGUCGACAAAGACAGUGAAAGUGAUAUAAAUCUAAUCAAAGAGCAGCCGUCGAAGGAACUAAAGACUGAGGCCGAGGAUGAGACCACUCGCCAGGGAUUUGAGUUUAAUUUGAUGAUUGAGAGCAACAAUAAGAAAGACAAUUAUUGCGAUCAGAGCGCGGAUUCGGAGCUCAAUGUUUUGCCAAACCAUAAGAGUAUAGUGGGCUCUAAGCGAGUGAAAGGAAAUCUGAAGUGUCAACAACUGAAUGAUAACGAGGACCACAAGAACACAUCCAAUGGGAAGCAUCCAGUGGUGAGCAGACGAGUCAGUUUUGAUCCGCUCGCCCUUCUCUUGGAUGCCGCUCUGGAGGGAGAGCUCGAACUCGUCAAGAGAACUGCCAAAGAAAUUGCGGGGCACAUAGCCUUCCUGGUCGUCACCCCUGGCCCACCACCAGUCGCGCUCCUGAUCAUCGCCUCUCCUGAUGACUGUCAUAACGUUUCCCUCUUUAAAGCUAAGUUCGUCAAGUUAAGACCGCAAACGGCACGUACCGUAAAGAUAUUGGGAACAGCCGUCAAAUCCUUCCUCAUCCUCUUCACACUUCUCGGCAGCCGUUUCCUUAUCCGACAGAGUGGUGGCGAAAAUACAGGCGCCCUUCUCAACCAGGAAUUUCACCAUGGACAGGUUAUUGCAUGA